UCUAUUUAAGAUGUGAUGGUCUUAACGUUUCUUCUUCCGGUUCACUUCAUGCAACGUCGGCGUACCCACCCCGGGCUUUCAGUUCUUUCGUGUAGCCUUCUUGUAACCAAACGCGCUCCUUCAAAGAAUUCUCAUCAGACGUCACUGUAGAUCUUCACUUUGAGAAACACGAUCACCUCCAUGUUAAACAGAAGGAGGAGUGGGAGAUGCCGUAUAUCAAACAGGAAGCUGAGCCUGAGACCCCUUUCAUUAAAGAAGAAGAACAGGAAAAUGAAAUCACUACGUUUCCAAUGACUGUCAGUGUGAAGAACGAAGAAGAUGACGGUCCAAGCGAAGACAACGGAGCAGCAAAAUCUUCUAGUAGCAGCUCGUUUGAAGAUCUGACAACAAAAAGUGAGGAACGAUUGCAACCGGAUGGCCUUUUAGCGCCACUCUUGGACAGCGACAACGUUACGCCACACUCUUCUGACACUGAUGAAGAGGAUUUUGACUUUGAGCAAAGGUCUUCGAAAUCUUUAAACACGUCAUCAUUGAAGAAAGACACAAAAGAAUGCCCGGGUGGGAAACCUUUUGCCUGCUUAUUUUGCGAUAAAAGAUUUUCUUUGAAGCAUCACUUAACAAGACACACGCGUACACACACUGGAGAAAAACCUUUCCUCUGCUCAGUUUGUGGUAAACAAUUCAAAGAGACAGUAGAGUUACUCAGGCACGCAAGAACACACACUGGAGAGAAGCCUUUUGUCUGUACGUGUUGUGGUAAAAUAUUCAUCGACAAGGGAAAUUUAAGCAAACACAUACGAACGCACACUGGAGAGAAGCCUUUUUCCUGCUCACUUUGCGAUAAAAGAUUUUGUACGAAGCAACAGUUAACAAGACACACGUAUACACACACCGGACAAAAGCCUUUUCCUUGCUCAGUUUGUGGUAAAAGAUUCAUCGAGAACGGAGAGUUAGUUAGGCAUGCAAGAACACACACAGGAGAGAAGCCUUUUGCAUGCUCAUUUUGCGAUAAAAGAUUCGUCGAGAAGGGAAAUUUGCACUGUCACGAAAGAACGCACACUGGAGAGAAGCCUUUCGCCUGCUCAUUUUGCGAUAAAAGAUUUUGUCGUAAGCAGCAUUUAACAACGCACACAAAAAUACACACGAGAGAAAAGCCUUUUCCCUGCUCAGUUUGUGAUAAACGAUUCACUAAGAAGGAAAAUUUAGAAUUGCACACAAGAAGUCACACUGGGGGAAAAUCUUUUAAUUGCAGUGAGUGACAAAGUAUUCUGAUUCCUGCCACUCUUUUCAAUUUUCUAAUUCAAGUACCUUUGAGCUCCUUUUUGAUAAAAUGUUGAAAUGAUUUUACAGGUUUCGUUCUUUUUCAGAACUAGCCAACAUUUGGGAUUUUUAUUUAAACUGAAUGAACUGAUCUACAGCUUUGUUUACAUUGUUCCCCAACUUACUGUAUUUUGCCAUUUUACUUUUAAAUCUUUGUAUUUGAAACACUUUGAUGCUGCCCUCUGUUUGUUUAAUUUCCAACUUGUCACUUUCAAACUGUAUAAUAUAUUUAGUAGGGGUGUGGCAAUACAGUGAUCCCUAUUUUUUUGCGGUUAAAGGGGACCAGGGCCUGCCGCGAUCAGUGAAAAACCGCAACGUAGUGCCCAAAUAAUAGCUCCAGAAGUGCCUUAAUUUCCUAGUUUCAGAAACAUCUCUUAUAAAGUUGAAUAGAAGGUUAAUAAGUGUUGUUCCAAAAAAAAAAAAAAAAAAAAAAGUUUUAAACAUGUUAUUGUCCCACCGUGCCGCCUUUAUAAUGUGAAUUAUUUUUUAACCAGAAUAAAGUAGAAAAAUGCUUUAUUAAAUGCUUCAUUGAUUGUGUUUAUUCAAAUCCGCUCAAGCUGCUCACUGACAGACAAUGAGUUGCUACAGCAACUGUUUAACAAAUUAAACGAUGAUUGACUCAUGUGGCACUUUGAAGUUUCAGCUUCAAAGCAUUUCUGGCAAGAUCAAACCUUAACGUCUGUCAAUUGUAAAAUUUAAUAGGCAACUUGAGUGCACUGCCUGACCAAGAAAAGCAGCAGGAGUGAGACUACAUGAUCGGAUCGGGACAGCUCUAAUAAAUAAUGCAUUUAUUUAUGUUUUAAUCAAAAAAAAAAAUCUGCCAUUGACUAAGGGCGCGAAGUAGCGAGGGAUCACUGUAUAUCGAAACAGUGUUAUAUGGUGAUACUUUUUAUCCUUAAUAGCUCGUCGAUAUGUUUCCGCCAAGAAUUGAAAUAUUGUUAUAAAAAAGUGCCACUAUUUGGGGGGAAAAAAGGAAACAACUGGUUACUAGUAGAGAUAGACCCGAUAUAUCGGCCAGCCGAUAUAUUGGGCUGAUAUUUGGAAAUUUGUAUCUGCCUUUUUUUUUUUUUUUUUUUUUUUUUUUUAAUUCGACCGGCCAAUAUGAAAAAGUCGAUAUAAAACUAGGGAUAGGGACUAGGUAGUGCGCAAUUUCUCAUAGGAUCAGAAUCUGGUGAAAAGGAUUUGAUUUGUAAUUAAAAAAAAAUAUUCAUCUAGCUUCUUCCGCUUGCUCCUGAGUUUUGCUAGUUCAUGUUAACAAUGUUUGACAGGCAUUGAAGCUUAGUCUUACCAGAGAAGCUUGGCAGCGCUACCUUCAAAGACGCCAAAUGUGUCAUUGUUUAGCGUGUUAAAUACUAUUAUGCGGUGGCAACUCAUUGUGUGUGUGUGUGUGUGUGCAAGGCUAUUCUCAGCAGUGAGCGUAUUUGAGUGGACUCACUCAAUGAAGCAUUUAAUAGAGACAAGCAUUUUUCUACGUUGUUCUUGUUUAAAAAAAAAAAAAAAAAAAUCACAUUAUGAAGGUGGCAUGGUGGGACAGUAAAGUGUCUUAAAACCUUUCUUAAUUUUUUUGAACAACACUUUUUAAUCUUCUAUUCAACUUUUAAAGAAGUGUUUCUGAGUCCAGGAAAUUAGGGCACUUCUAUGAUAGCUCAUUGGCUGCUACUGAUGGCGCUAGACGUCCAAUUCAUUUUAACUGGGAGUGUCAAUGAUACAUUAUAAAAAUAUUUCAAAUGAAAUACGUCUAGCAUCACUGGCACUGAAACAGAGCAUUCACAGCCAGUCUUCACGGUUAGGGGGCCAUUUGUUGUUCAAUCCAUGUUCAUUUUAAGGCAUUUACAGGUCACUUACUAUUCAUUUUUGGGACAUUCUGGGGUCAUUUUCUGUGCAGUAACCCAAAAUAAACAGGAAGUGAUCCGUAAAGGCCCCAAAAUCAACAGGACGUGACCAAAAAUUGUAUAAUUAAUUGUAGUAUCACCUUUUGGCAAGAUAAUCAUUAUGGUGAGGUACCCAGAGGUUACCACUCCUACCCUACACUGCUGUUUCAAGGUUCCAAACUUAUAGCAAACUAUAAAGCAGGGGUAGCCCAUGUCAGUUCUUGAGGGCCCCUAUCCAGCUUGUUUUCCAUGUUUCCCUCCUCCAAGACACUUGACUCAAAUAAUCAGGAUCGUUAUCAGGUUCCUGCAGAGCUUACUGACGGGCUGAUCAUUUGAUUCAGGU